GGCAAAGCUUAGCUAUUAGUGCCAUCACUGUUCGGUGCGGUGUGUUCAGUGAAGUAGACAGAGCUUGGUGGAUAGACACAAGAGAGAGAGAGAGAGGAGGCGACAUCUCCGAUGGAGAGGGGAUAGUGGCCAGGGGAGAGAGUAAAGCGGUGCUGCCGUUUCUUGAGCAGGAGUCGGAGCGUCGCCAUUGCCGUCCGUGCUCAUUGGCAUUGCUCCUCCCCUUGGCGGCGCCUGUGUUCUUGUUUGCACCUAAACAGGAUGGAUGAGGAAGGCUUCAUGGUGGAAAUAGGCAUGAAGGAGGAGGAUAUUGCGACAAUGCUGUUUGGAAAGAAAGUUUCUGAGCUGAGAGAAGACGGAUUUGAUGGUUCUGAGGAUGAAAGACAAAUAUUUGAGGAUGUUUUCGGCCAAACAGGCACCGGCAGAACCAGUGGUCAUCAACCACAUGGCCGGGGCGGGCAGACCACUUCGCAAACUGAUGCGUCCAAGGCAUUGGUACCAGCUAGCACACCAUCCAGUUCUCCUUCAAACCACAAGAUGGUCUGCUGCCGUAUAGUUGAGUCCUUUACGCAUGGCAACCUAUCAAGCUAUCAUGUCUUCUAUCAUAGCUCUAUUGAGCAGAUGCACAAAGCAAUGCCUUGUACAGAUCAUACCAGACCUUCUGAACUCUUGGUACAGUGGACACCGCCUUCAAUUGAUCGGGUGUACACUCGCAGGUCGGUGACUCGCAGGAGUCAGAGAGCAAAACUUUGCAGUGUCAUGGAUUGGGAGAAGGUUGACAUUACCAGUGUCUCACGGCGAAGGGAUGGCCAUGGCUAUGGAAUGCUCUGGAAUCAUCUCCGGCUGCACGCACAUCUUCUCAUUAUGGAUGCCGGGUGGAAGAUCGAGGGCAAGGAAAGAGGGGAUAAGAGUAAGAUCGACCUCAUGUAUGAGUCGCCCGACAAAGUAAUGCGCCUGUUUUCUCUCCCCAGGGCUUGGAAAUGCUUUGGUCAGUGGUUGCUUAUUCACUCAUCCAGAUUUGAUAGAUACGAUUGUGCAAAGGAAUGGUUCAACAUGUAUGACUUUUUGUAUGAUUUGAAGAACACACUGCUGUGCUUAGAACACGAGGUCCGGCGUCCGAAGCAAUCACUAUCAUUCCUCCAUCAGUGGCAGCUCCUUGAUCCAUUCAUGGCAGUAGUUUGCAUAGAUAAGAAGGUGGCAGCUCUGCGGAACGGGAUGGCACUGAAAGCUGUGAACAGCACAGUUACAUUCCUCAAUCACAGUGAGAGCAAGAGGUUGACUCGCAGAAAUGCUAGCAAGGCACUUGAGCCCAACUGUUCAAGCAACUAUAACAACAAACAUCCCACGUCACGAAGAAAUCUUUUGCCGCUUCUUCUAUCUGAUGGCCAAUCUGAUAAAGAGGGAAAUUCUCUGCAUGUUGAACGGUCUUCUUUAUUUGGAACAAGCAAACAUAGCCAGUAUAAAGGGUAUCAAAGUUCAGUAACAAUGGAAGAAAUGAACGAAAGAAGCAUCAGAAAUACUGCUCAUCGUAUAGUGAAAGGUCUCCAAGAUGCAGCAGAUCUUGUCAGUUCACGGCCUACUUAUUUUAGUACAGAGAAUAAAUUUUCAUACCCCAAAAUGUCUCGGGAUGUUCAAACUGAGUCCGAUCCGCUAUAUUUCCCGCCUGGUUAUUAUUCAGCUCACCUGGUUGAGAAUGCGCAAACCAAGGGUCUGACGGAAAUCACUGAUGUGGGUAAUUCUGCAGAUAGUCCUUCUGAUGAGUUGCUCAUAGGACAGAACUUGCUGUUUUCUCAUCAGGUGGACGAGAUGCUCCUUAGAACUACAGAUGAUGCCAACAAUGAACAUCGUGAUGCUGUCUCUGAGUCGCAAGAAGCAAAUGAGGAUGUAAGGGAUGGACCUUCGGCUGGUACGUUAUCACUACUAGAAGAAAAGGAGACACACUUCAAAGCUAACGGAGAUGAUACGAACAAUGAAGAUGAUGUUGCUGUUAUUCCUGAAUUCAAAGCAGCAGAUGAAGGUGUAGGGUAUGGACCUUCAGCUGGUGUGUUGUCAACAGAAACUGACACAAACUUGAAUGCUAAAGAGAUGAGCUUGGAAGAGAUUACAAAAACUGGGUGGUUAUCAUCUGAAGCCAGUGGUAGCCCAUUGAUGAUCUCAGAACCACAAGUAUUGUUUGUCUCCCCGCAAGAUGGGCGACUCUCUUUCAUGAACAACAGUACAUACAACCAGGAGAUGUGGAGUUGCCUCAAAUUUUCCAAUGACAGCAUGGGUACUAACAUGCAGCUGGACAUCCAGUCAUCGUCUUACGAAGCAAGCUUGAUUCAGGGAUUUUUGUAUCUUGAUAAUGAGGGUUCUCCAAUUGGUUGGGAAGUAAUCAAUCCAGAACCUCCUGGGCAGUCAAUUUGUGGCCCUUCGUCUGAACCAAACUCAAAGGUAUUGGGACACUAUGGUGAAAUGAACAUGAAGAAUGAUGGCGCAACAUUUGAACAAACGCAAAUAUCAGAGUCAAUCCCAAGUAAAAAGGUGCAGAAAAGGUCCAAGGAGGUUGCACAUAUCAAAGACAAAGUCAGUGGAAAGAAACAGAAAGUAAAUGAUGAUCCUGUGAGUCAUUGUGCAAUUGGCCAAAGUAUGGACAGUACAUCUGAUAAUCCUACAGGUUAUGUAUCUCAUGAUGGGGGAGAACAGAUAGGUGCAGCAAGCAGUGAGCAUGUUUCUUCAAAUAAAAAAAGGUUGGAGAAGGUUGCAGAUAACCAAGAUAAAGUUGUAAGGAAGAAACAGAAAGUAAAUGAUGAUGGUAUUAUAAGUGAUUACAUAAUUGGUCAAUGCAUGGAUAGUACAGCUGAGAAUCCUACUGGUUGUCUACCUCGUAAUGAAGAAGAACACAUAGGUGCAUCAAGCAGUGAGCAGGUCCCUUUGAAUCUAGUUCCUGAAAUAAACGACCGCAGGGAACAUGCUGAAGAUAGCAGUGAACCACGAAAAGAUCUAGUGUCAGAACAACCACCCAAAAAGGAUGUCAAAUCUGGAAGGAAAACAUGGUCGUGUAAAUGCAAGUUCGAUGAUGAUGAUCUUUUGAUGACAGCUGUAAUACAUAGGCUGACUGCGCGGUAUAGGAACUUUUUUAACCGAAUGCUCAAAAAAAGAGUUGGCUUCAAAUUUCUUCCUAGAUAUCAUUUGGAGAGUGAAGAAAAAUGUGACCAGAAGAAGUUUCCUAAGGGAGCAAGAACGGUGUUGAGCAAGUUACUUGAGAUGGGCAUUGUUGGUAAAGUGAAUAUUCUUCAAUAUCGAGGGCCAGGAACCAAAAAUGUGUUAAAAGAUGGAAACAUAACUAAGGAUGGCAUUCGGUGCCGGUGCUGUGACAAUAUAUUUACGAUGUCCAACUUUAGGUGCCAUGCAGGUCUCAAGCAAGACAUCCCCUCUCUGAAUCUUUUCUUGGGUUCUGGUAAAUCAUACAGCCUUUGUCAGCUUCAAGCAUGGUAUAUUGAGCAUAAGGUGAGAGAAGAACGUGCAAAAGUUACUCUCUUGCUCCAAGCAGAUCAAAACGAUGACACUUGUGGAUUAUGUGGUGAUGGCGGUGAACUGAUAUGCUGCGACAACUGUCCUGCCAGUUACCAUGUGGCCUGCUUGCCUUCUCAGGAGAUUCCAGAUGGCAGCUGGUAUUGCUCUAGCUGCCGUUGUGAUGUUUGUGGGGAAGUGGUCAGUUCAAAGGAGCCUAGAACUCCCUUGCACGCUUUUGAAUGCUCACAGUGUGAACGUCAAUAUCACAUAAAAUGCAUAUCUGGUAAAGUUUUAUGCAAUGAGGAAAGUGGACCUGGUACCUGGUUUUGUGGAAGAAGAUGCCAGCAGAUUUAUACGAGCCUGCGUUCACGUGUUGGAAUACCUGACCACCUUGAUGAUGGCUUUUCUUGCACCAUACUUCACAACAAUGGUGAUCAAAAGGUCCGCAUGGCUGCAGAUAUUGCUCUCCUGGCUGAGUGCAAUAUGAAGUUAAUUAUUGCUUUAAGUAUUUUGGAAGAAUGCUUCUUGCCUAUUUUCGACCCGAGAACAGGGAUGGACAUAAUGCCCCUUAUACUGUAUAACUGGAGGUCUAACUUUGUACACUUGGAUUAUAAGGGGUUCUAUACUAUAGUCCUGGAAAAGGACGACAGCAUCAUUUCUGUGGCAUCCAUCAGGUUACAUGGUGCAGUCGUUGCAGAGAUGCCUCUAAUAGCUACUUGUACUGAGAAUCGUCAACAGGGGAUGUGCAGGCGCAUCGUGGAUUACAUUGAACAGAUGCUGAAAUCGCUGAAGGUGGAGAUGUUGCUUCUAUCUGCAAUACCGAGCCUAGUUGACACAUGGACAUCAGCAUUCGGGUUCAGGCCGAUAGAGGACUGUGACAAGAAGAAGCUUAGCAAGAUCAGGCUGGCCUCGGUCCCUGGAACUGUUCUACUGAAGAAGGAUCUGCAUGAAUUUUCAGAAACCGAAACCGCAGCAGGGGACGGUGUGGAGUACCUGUCGGGUGGAAAUACAGCAGCAGCAUAUCGCCAUGCAGGGACUCCGGUCGUCGAUGCCGUGCCAGCUUGUGCAACGCAGAACGAGCUCGGAGGCUUGCAGAUCAGUCUGCCCUGUGCCAACCCUCCAUCAGCUGUUGCUCUUGGUGGAGCUGCCUGUAAGAUGCCACGGCGGCAUCACCCCGCCUGCGAUUAAAAUCCCUGCCCCCUUUCUUCUGCCGCCGGCUGAACUUGAAGGGAGCACGUUGAGGGAGUUGAUGACCCCUGCGGCCUCCAGCGACGUGCGGCCGAAGGCGACGCGGAGAGGGUCGGGGGGAUUUAAUCUCAGGUUAACAGGCUCAGGUCGGGUUGAUGUCGACGUGGCAUCCGACAGGUGGGGCCCACUUGUAAUAAAUCAAAUCAAAUCAUCCGGCUCCGGCUGGUUGAGACAAACUGACUUAAAAUAUGUGGUUCUAUGGGCUGUUUUGCGUUAA